UCCGUACGGAGGUCAGGCGCACUUCCGCGAGGUCGGAGCGGCGAGCGGGCGGCGGCGGCCGCGGUGAGGGCUGGUGUCGGGACAGCGGGGCUUCCAGCAGGUGAUGUUCUAGUCAUGUCAGAUAAGGAUGCUACAGAGACUCCAACAGUAACCCAAGCAGCCCCGAUCCUUAACGAUGGGAACUGUGAGCCAGCGGAGAAGCCGGAGAGUAAAUCUCAGCCUGUAGUGUCCACUCGGAAAAGACCAGAAAUCAAACCUUCCAAUGACCUCGAGGCUUCCGAAGUUCUUCCUGCUCAGGAGACUGUUUCUAAAGAUGCACCGCAGACUGGAUGGGGCUAUUGGGGCAGCUGGGGCAAGUCUCUACUCUCCUCAGCCUCAGCUACAGUAGCUACAGUAGGACAAGGUAUUUCCAAUGUCAUUGAGAAGGCAGAGACUUCUCUUGGGAUUCCCAGCCCUACUGAAAUUUCAGCUGAAGCCAAGCAAGCAGCAGGAGAAACAAUUGCCAGGGAGAAGGAAAGCUCACCAGUGGCCAGGCCGUUCGGGAUGCUCUCGACCAUCUCAACAGCUGUGCAGAGCACGGGUAAGAGUGUUAUCAGUGGGGGUUUGGAUGCCUUGGAAUUCAUUGGGAAGAAGACAAUGGAUGUUAUAGCAGAAGGGGAUCCUGGAUUUAAAAGAACCAAGGGCCUGAUGAUCCGGAAUUCUACAUUGUCACAGGUUUUACGAGAGGCUAAGGAUAAAGAAGAACAGUGUCCCUCCAAUGAGGUAACCAUGGAAACAGACAAGAAAACUCAUUAUGGGCUACUCUUUGAUGAGUUUCAAGGCCUUUCACAUCUAGAAGCUCUGGAAAUGCUUUCCCGAGAAAGUGAAAUAAAGGUGAAAUCUAUCCUUAGUUCUCUGAGUGGAGAAGAAUUACAGACAACCAGACUUGAGCUAGAGCAGCUCAAAGAAGCAUUUUCCCUAGCAGAGUUCUGUGAGGAGGAAGAGGAAGAGAGCCAAGGGGAUGAAGAUUUUACCAAGGAGAUAACAGAACUAUUUGCUCAGCUUCAUGUCUCUUCUAGACCAGAGAAACUUGCCAGGGCAAGAAAUAGAGCCUACGAAUGGAUCAGGACAUCUCUGGCUACGCCAGUAGCAGAGAAAGAAGGAGAACAGUUGGAGGCUGAAAAUACUGAGGAAGCCAAAAAAAAUUCAGUAGAGGCUAUCCAUGCAUUUGCAAUCCGGAGCUUAGCUGAAUUGACUGCCUGCUCAAUUGAACUAUUCCACAAAACGGCAGCGUUGGUUCUGCAUGGCCAGAAGCAGGAGGUGACAGCCUUAGAGAGGAGCCAGACACUCUCCCAGAUGACAGUCAUGCUGUGUAAAGACCUGGGCUCUCUGUCUAAAGAAUUCACCACCUGCCUGACCACUGCUGGGGUCAGAGAGAAGACGGAUGUUCUUAAUCCAUUAAUCACUGCAGUGUUUCUAGAGGCCUCAAACAGUGCCUCCUACAUUCAAGAUGCCUUCCAGCUUCUCCUGCCUGUGCUGCAGAUCUCUCUCAUCCAGAGCAAGACAGAGUCACCCAGGGGUGAGCCACCAGCCAGAGACCCCUGACAGCAUUGAGGAGCAGAAGUCUACCUGAGAUUGUGAUGGCCGAGAAGCGGACUUUGCUCAGGGAAGCCCUGCAGCCAUGUGAGGCAUUACUGAAUGUGUGAAAACCCAGGCAGGCACAGGUUCACGGGAUGCUUGCUUCUCAGUGCGGCUGAUGCUCUUGAUGCACUUGGGUCCUCACACAGCUCUUUCCAGCCUCAUAGUAAAGUAUUUGAAACAACGUAUUUCCAGAAAGUCAGCAGGGUAUUCUAGCAAAAAUGCCGAACGUUCUUAGAAAUCUCAGAAAACACUAACAAGUUUCUCAUGGAUGUAAUUUGCAGCCAGUGGGUAAAGUUGUUAAAUGGAACAGAACAAAACCUGAAUUUGGUAUCCCGGGGUUUCGAUAGUCUUGGUACCCUGGGUUUUUUCCUUUCCAGAAUAAAGCGUGUGUAGCUUUUGGAGAACUGAGACUGCAUAAGCCCCAAGUAAGAUGGUCAGACAGAGUCCUCUGCCUUUUCAUCUCUGUAGAUGUUUGACAUGUAGGAGAGACUUGUACCAUGGGUAUGAAUGAUAGCUAAGUGUUCUUUGGCUUCACAUGACACUUUCCCCACGAGACCCCUACUUUCUUUGUUUAGGACCAUGUAGCUGCAAGCUGCCGAUGCUGAGUCUCUUUAGGCUGCAUUGUGCCCACCCGGCCUGAGGCUGCACUCACGAAGGGUGCAUUCUCCAGCUGCCAACUGCAGAGGGGAGAGGUUCUUUUGGUGAUGAGGUUUUCAUUGAGUCCUAUGGAAAUGUUCACUUCUAACAGGAUUUAGCAUCAGACAUAACACAUUUUCCUUUCGUUAUUCUUUUGUUUUAAUGUAUUUGUUGUUGUGCUUUGAGAAAAGUUCAACUGCCAUCCUAUUCUCUUAAGCUUUCUUCACAAUUUUUAACAAUUAAAAGCUAUUUUGGUAUCCAGGCUUUUUAAAAAUGUUUGUUAACUUUGUGGUUUUUAGUGGCUCUGGUAAAGAAGCCCUACCUUCAUCUUUGAAACCCGUUACAAUAAAAUAUAAUUAUACUGA